UUGUGUUCCUCAACAGCAAUGUGUUUAUGAGUGUGCUCGUGCGGUGGUUUACAGUGUGUUACGCGUCUGAUAUGUGGAGGUGAUUAUCAGGUUUUUUUGCUGUCUGCAAUGAAUUCAUCGACCUAAAACUUUAAAUAUACAAAACCUUUUAUGAUGGCGCCCACUAAGAUGAAGUUACGUGAGAAAAAGCGAGUAGGUGGAGGAAAAUCAUCUCAGCGUUUACUGGCCAAUGCUUCUCCAGACUCCAAGUGCCCCAUCUGCCUGGACGGCUUCAAUAACGUGGCCUCGCUGGACCGUUGCCUGCAUCAGUUCUGUUUCCGCUGCAUCCGCGAGUGGUCAAAGAACAAAGCCGAGUGUCCGCUCUGUAAGCAGCCCUUCCACUCCAUAUUUCACUCCGUCAAAGGAGAAAACGACUUUAAGGAGUUUGUGCUUCGGCCUGCCGAGAACGGAGCAGCUCCCACGGCUGAUCCCUCGGAGCGCAUGCUCCGCCCCCGAGUGCUUAGGGGCAGAGCGAGGCGGAGCCAGAGGCUGCAACAGCCCGCCCCUUCCCCUCCGCUAGAUGAUGACGUGAUGUUUGGCGGUUUGUCUGACGCGCCGGGGCUGGCAGAGAACCAAGACAUGCAGCGGAUGGUGAUGCGACUGACGGCGCGCCGCAGGGGGCGGGGCGAAGGCCGAAACCUCAGGCGUCUGCGGGACCAGGACGUGGUGGCGUUCCGACGUGCACUUUACAGGACCGGCGUGCGUGCACGCAACACGCGGGACAUGGGAAGGCAAAGGGAUGUUUCAGCCACGUUCCUGCGGCAGAACCCAGCGUGCUUGCACCGGCUGUUGCCGUGGCUGCAGCGUGAGCUGACGGUGUUGUACGGGUCACACGGAUCUCUGGUAAACAUCGUCCAACACGUCAUCAUGUCGCGCAUCACGAACUACAACAUGGAGGACUCGGCCAUCCGGGAUGAGCUCCGUCCAUUUCUGCUAGCUCGCACUGACCACUUCCUCCAUGAGCUGGUGAGUUUUGCCCGGUCGACCCUCAGCAUGGAGGCGUAUGACCAGCAGGCCGUCUACGACUGUCCUGCGCCCAGCUACGAGGAGGGCAGUAGCUCUGAUUCCUCUGUUAUCGCAAUCUCUGAGGAUGAUGAGAAUAACAGUGAGGACAAUAUCACAGAAAAUCCCUCUGUUGUCCUGGAGCGUCUUCCACCCGCUCCCCCAACACCCGGCACAGGAAAUUUGCUGAGUGAAUCUGCAUGGGAUGACGAGACCCCUGGUCCCUCAUAUUCCACUCUCCUGCCCUCUUCCAGCCAAUCACAAGAUGAGGGACCACAACCGAGCAGCAGCACAGCCCUGAUACCAGCUGAACCUGGCAGUAGCAUCAGUGUGUCAGGUAGACCCGGCGCAGAUGAUGAUGGGGAGGAGGAAGAGUGCCUGAUCGUAGGAUAUGUAAAGCCCAUGGCUGAGCGGACACCUGAGCUGGUUCAGCUCUCCUCUGAUUCGUCUGAAGAGGAGCAGGAAGCAACCACUAUGGACACAAAGGCCAUAGUACCAAAAGAAGAGGGAUCCCAGGUGAAGUCUCACGUGGACCCGGUUAGCCCUGGCUCCUCCCCAGGCCCCGCCCCCUCAUGCAGUCCCCAGCGCACACACUCGGACUCUCAUGUACAGGAGUCACACAGCAGAGAAAGAAUAAGGAACUGCUCCCCAUCCUCUCGGGACCAUCAGGCACAUCGCAGACGACACGGGUCCAAGGAUUGUUUACAAGCAACUAGAGACUGUUUUGAUUUCAGUGAUCACAAGAGGCGCAAAAGCCGAUUACACCAGAACUCGGACCACACGGAGCACGCUGAGACUUGGGAAAGAUCACAACUGACAGAAAGUCAAGGUGACUCGCAUGCACGCUCGCCAAGUAAAACGCUUUCGCCUCGGAGCUGGUCAGGCCAGAGUCCACCCAUGUCCAUUUGGAGUGGGAGCGAACAGUCACCCUUCAGAAGUGACAUCAGUAGUGACAAGAGUCCAGAGCGUUCUCACCACGUUAGAGAAAGAUGCUCGCGAGCUAAAGAGCGAGGGAGUAGAAGAAAAGAAAAAAUGAGCAGGUCACCUGACUCUGACUCUUGGAUUAAUUCCCAUCGACCUAGCAGUCGCUCCAAAGAGUCACAAUGGGCUCGUAAGCGUAGGAGACGAUCCGUCAGCAGCAGCAGCAGCGCAGACUCGUGCUCGGAAAGAUCUCGCCUUGACAAGCCUAGCGGCAAACGCAAGUACAAAACCCGUCAUCUAGAGCGAGCCGCCCAGCGCCAGCAGACCGAGGGAACGACAUCCUCAGAAAAACUGCCGCGACAAGGACGCAAAGAGCGUCGGCGCAGCCGUGAACGACGCCUCAGUCGGAGCCCCAGUGUGGAGAUUAUCUACGAGUGUAAAGCGCCCGACUGGCAUCAGCGGAAGAAACGGAGACACCGAAAGAAGAAGAGGGAGCAUCGCUCACCCACGGUGAUCACCAUAGACAGUGACAGCGAUCGCACCAUUGACUGUCUGGAUCGCGUUGUAGAUGUUCUAGACCAAACCACUUCAGGCAUCGAUGAUGAGCAGAUGGUCGAUAGAGAGCAAUGUGUGAUCCACCCUGCAGUUAAUUCAAGUACUUUGUCUUCUUUAGACUCUCUCUUAGAAUCCUCAAUGAGUGACCCAGCUACAGUUUCACUAAAUCUGGACGACUGCGUAGUGGACGUAGUUAAACACAGCAGUUCCAAAACUCUCGACUGCAAUCGGAAUAUAGACACCAACAUUUCGCAUGCAGAGUCCGUUCCAGACCCCCUAAUCCCAGUGGAUUCGAUGAUGACAACCCAACCUUCAGACACACGACUCUUAGAGUCUAUACUUCAAGAUCUUGAGGAUUUUUUGCCAGUAGUGGAAGAAGAUGUGGUGCCAAAACCCCAAAACACUGUUAGCCCUCAACGUGACGAAACAAACCUGAAGGGAGAGUCAGAAGGAUUGGAGAACAGAAACACAGACAGUGAUGAACAGCAAGAGACGGAAGCUAGCUAGAACUCAACAUUUCAUUCAGCCAGAAAUGUCUGUGUUUGUUUUGAUAAACUCAUUUAAAGACUGGAAUGGAUAAAUGGGAUUGUAGAAACAUUGUUAAUAUUGUUAAUAUUUAUGGUUACAGUAAUCCUCAGAACUGGUGCUGACUUAAUAUGUGUCACUAGUCCCAAAUAUACAGAACAUCUCCCAAAAACUGUUGUGUUAGGAUGAUGAACCUCAUGCUACUAAACACUCACAGUAAUGAUGCUUUUCCAUGGCAUAGUACCCCACAGUUUGGUUUGGGUCGGGUUGGGUCAGCUUACUUUUUGCAGGCUUUUCCACUGGGUGCAGUACAUAGUACCUAAUACUUUUUUUUAGUACCACCUUGAUCGGGGUCCCAAGCAACCUGGGCUGAUACCAAAAUGUGAUGUGAAAACACUGUAGAUCACUGAUUGAGAAACCCAGUGUCAUCCCUAUAAUGUAAAAGAUUAGCUUUACCUUUAUGCUAGUUUGCGCUGUCUCGAGUAAACCUGUUGUCAUCUUUGCUUUGCUGUAAGUUCCCAAACAUCCACAGGUUGAGAAUCAGGAACACCAUAAUAGUUUUUUUCCAGACUUGCAGUUUUUGGUGGCACAUUUGCGACACGCACGUCCGCAUAUAUGCUUAAAUGCAACUUAAAUGAGGCUCAGAGGAGUGCGUCAACUGACUGUCAUGUGAGACAGAGGUAUUGAUAAACGUGAUGUGCAAACAUCUAUUUGUGGUGGUCAAUUUUAAUUUUUUGGCAGACUGAGAAAUAAAUAAAUGUAUGGGGAUGUACAACAACGCUCUCACUUGAUGUUACAGCAGUAGGCAGCGCAAAUAUAAUGACACGCCUCCCACUCUAAAGUGUUUCUAAACUCGCUGGAAAAGCUAACUAAGCCAAAGGGAGGUGAGCUGACCCGACCUGAGCCAAACUGUGGAGAACUAUGGACCACAGCAGUGCCUAUUUGAAUUAUUAGCAGCCCAACACUGAAGAGCCGAGUGCUAUAAUCCGUUUCACUAUUUCUGAUUCUCUCAUAGUUCAUCUUCAUGUUACUGUGGGUUCACACCAGCCGCGUUUGAGUUUGCCGCUUGAACAUUUUGAGUUUACUUGCUUCAUUCGCACGUGAAAUUCUAGUCAUCGAGACAAUCACGUGGAAAUUUGCGUCAUGGGAUGGCCUUCCAUAGGUUUCUGUGACUCCGCUCGCUUCCUGUAAUCACGUCACUACUAGAGCAAGCUCCGCGUCGCGUUUUUCCGCCAAAGUUAAAAUUUUUCAACUCGCGCAUUUGCCGCGGCAACGCUCAAUUGCCGCAAACUAGAUGCUCGAAUGAGGCGGAAUCGCGUGUACCACGCCGCGCUCAAUGCCUCGUUCGUGCUGAGAGACCUCCAGACGUGUGUCAACUCGUCUUUACAUUGACUUAACAUUGAAAUCACUCGCGCUUGACGCCUCUACCGCGGCUGGUCUGAACGCAGCAUUAGUAAGAUUUUCCCUGGGACCCACCUGAUCUUCUUAAAGAGAAAAGUGUCUGUCAAACUCAGGGAACAGGUGAAGUUCACCUUCAUGUCUCUGUUACUGUGUGUGUGUGCGCGUGCGUGCGUGCGUGCAUGUGUAAAAGACAAAUAUCACUUGUCACUGUACACACAAAGCCUUAUUGACUAUAUAAUGUCAGCAAUCGAUCAAUAAAAUCCUGGAACACUGACAGAUCUAAACAGAUUUAUCUUAUUAUUAAAGGCGGGGUGAAAAACACUUUGGAAAAGGGAGUCGGGCCAAGUUCCAAAACACACUCCCAGGUGAAAAAGUGCUCUAUUUUUGCGCACUAAUUGUGUAUUUAAUAUACUAAAAAUUCAUCUUUAGUACUUCUUGAGAUAAACUUAAGAGGAUCGAAGUGUACUUCACUGUGCUA